AUGAAAAGGAUGUCAGAGAUACUAUGGAAAAAUAAUCAUGAAGGCGAUAUAACUGCCUUCGAAGAUUUCUUUUAUGAUAAUAUAAAUCUUGUUACCUCUUUGAAGUUAGUUCAGCAAUUUGGCGGUCAUAAAUCCUUCGUUCCUACUGCCUCUAUAAAUUCUUAUGGAGAUAAACUAAUCACAAGUUGUGAUCUUGGUUUUAUAUUACUUUGGGAUAUUGGGACUCGACUCUCCAAACCUCAAUCAAUUAUAAAACCGAAUUGUCAAAGAAUUUUAACUACUAAUUUCCUAUCAUCCAAUAAAUUUAUUGCAGGUGGUAAUGAUGCAACUGUUCAACUCAUUGAAUUAAAUCAAACAGGCAUUGUUAGUACUUUAUAUGAAAAUCAUCAUAAAGGAAAAGUGAUUUCAUCAAUUAUUAUUGAUCCUAAUACAUUUAUUACAUGUUCAGAUGAUAAUUCUCUUCAUUUAUUUGAUAUCAGACAAAAUUACCCUUCAUCUUCUUUUAUUGACGUUCCACUUGUUCCAGAAUCAUACAUAGAUGUUGUACGAAAGGAAGUAGAAUCCCGUAAAGAUCCUCCAACUGUUAUACCAAAAAUAACUCCAAAUCAAGAAAUUCAUACUGAAUCAUUGCUUCUAAACUACUCAGAAGGUGAUCCACACAUUCUAUCUAUGGAUGUCCAUCCAAUAGAUAAGAAACGAUUUGCUGUUUCAAGAGAUGACGGAACAAUUAUUUUAUUAGACCUCAGAAAAAUGGAUCCUUCAAAACAAUACGGAUUUUCAGUUAGAGAAGCUUAUAACAAACAAGUUGGUAUCUCUCAUCUUGCUUUUGAUGAAUACGGAGAGCGAAUUGCCGCAUCAGUUCAUGGAGGAUCAGUUCAUCUCUUCGAAACAUCCGAAAACUACGAAAUUUUUCCAUCAAAAAUAGAAAACAAAGAUGAUUUAUCUGACAAGAAAUAUAACAUUAGAAUUUCUGAUUACGUAUCUGAUGACGGCAACAUUGACUUAGUUAAUCUUCGCGAGGCCAUCAAAAACAGACCAGAAAUGCCUCAACCACAUAAAAAAGAAACAGUCAAGGAAGCUCCAGGAUGUAUAAAAGUUCUUAAUUCUCAUAUUUGUUUGGAUUCUCCUUCCCCUGUCAGAUGGUUUGGUAAUUUCGUGGCAACAGGAAGCGAUGAUGCUUUGGUGUAUUUGUAUGAUGCGAAUGAUGGAAAUGUUAAGAAAGUUUUGAGUGGACAUCACGGACAUGUCGAAUCAAUUAUCUCUCACAGGGAAAAGAAAUUCCUUGUCACGUGUGGAAUGGAUGAUUUCGCACAGAUGUGGUCUCCUAUGGCUUGUACUGAUAUAGAUAUUGCUGCAAAUGAAAUGGAAGUAAGAGAGGCUUUGCAGAAAAAUAAAUCAGAUGAAGGAUAUAUGAAUGCUAAUCAAUGCAAUGUUAUGUAA